CCACACUGAUAAAUUAGAAAGACUCGUGGAAAAGAACUGGGUUUUUAAGGAAAAAGCUUCUUCCUUUCUGUCGCAGUUAAUUGGGCUAUUGCUCUAAUCGCAAUUUUAGAAAAUAAACCCUGUUUCUGAAGUGGGUAUCCCUUUGCGAAGAAAAAAGGAAUUUCUUUUGCAGUCCUUAAUUUUUCUUUUGUGAGACAUAGAUGAUUCAACUGUUGUUCUACAGAAUUUCACACUUCCUUCUAUGAUUUGCUUACUCGGGGAUCUAUGAGCUUUGAAGCUAGCUGGUUGCUUAGAAGAUGUAUCAAUUGUGGAUCUUGCUUCUGUGUGCUGAGGGUGUGGUAGCAUUCCUUCUAUUGGUGGAGAUUGGGCCACUUAGAGAGCUUUUGAUUAAGUUUCUGGAUCUGCUCAAAACGGGAACAGGUCCUGUGAUUGUCUUGACAAUUGCUGGUUUCAUGUUUAUGAUAUUUGGGUCAAAUGUUAUGAGCAUUAUCAACAUCGGGAACAAGGGCACAAGGCUCGGCAGCACCUCACCCAUGGAUCAGGUUCUUUAUAGAACCCACUGGCUUGAUGCUUCAUACCUAGGUUUUAUCCUAUUUCUUGUAUUCAUAAUUGAUCGCGUGCACAGUUAUCUUAAAGAGCUUAUUGAGCUGAGGAGUAAUGAGGGAUCUUCGACAGAUGAACUUGAAAAUCUUCGGAAAAAGAACAUGCAGCUUAAGGAUAAGGAGGAGAAAACAUCCAAGGAAAUGAAGCAGUUGCAAGACGAAAUUUCUACUCUAUCAGAGUCUUUGAAGAAGCUUAAGUUGGAAUGCCAAGAGAAGGACCAGACGACUGAAACUGCUGAAGGCCAUGUCACCGCGCUUCAGAAACAAUUUGCAGAACUACUACUGGAAUAUGACCGCCUUUUGGAAGAAAAUCAAAAUCUUCAAACUCAAGGUCUAGGACACAGGAGUUGAGGAAAUCUUGGAAGAUCCCGACAAUACCUGCUCUGCGAAUAUUUUUGCUGAUUAUAUUGAUCAAACAUCACCUUUUUUUCCCGGAAUGAACAAUGGUCGAUAAUUUUUUAAGGAGUAGAAUGAUCAAGAAGGAGCAGGGGUUAGUAGUAGCUCCAUUUUGAUGCCUUGAGAAUUUUUUAAAAUUUUCUGGAAUCUAGGAUCUUUGGUAUUUCAAUCUUUGCUGUUUUGGUGUUUGAUAUCAACUUUCUUCCAGGUUUAUCCAAUUGAUACGGUAGUUUGUUAUGAACAUAUGUUUGUGUCAUUUGAAGGAAAAGUGAUAGAGCUUCCUUUCCUAGCC